UUUUUGUAUUGUAAUAAUAUUUGUUUUAUUGGGCGGCAAGAGCCAAUCCGCCAUUAAUGCUCACCUUCCCAACCAUAAUCCCCUCUGAGUGUACACAACUUGUUCUCCUUAAAGUCUGUGGUGUUAAUGAAUCACAUAAAUUACUGAAAAGGUCAAAUCCUCCAGCUGUUUCAAGGAGCUAAGAAAAGUCAUCUUCUCUAUCUUCUCUCUUUCGCUCUCAGUCCUGAAGAAGCCUUGGAGCUGGGAUCCUGAUGUUUCCUUGUUUCAUUUCCUCGCCUUGAGAUCUUCUUAUUGACGGUCAAUCUGGUUGAAGGAAGAUACGAAUUGACACUUUUUCAAUGGGGAUUUGCAUUAGUUCUCGAAUUAAAGCUGAGAGCCCUUACCACACUGGGACGAGUUCGAAACAUGUUAGUACAGGUAGCAGUCUGAGUAGUUCUAGUGGUAAGAGUCAUAGGAGUGAGGGUGAGAUCUUGCAGUCAUCUAAUUUGAAGAACUUUUCCUUUUCUGAUGUCAAAUUGGCCACAAGAAACUUUCGGCCCGAUAGUGUAUUGGGUGAAGGCGGGUUUGGUUCAGUAUUUAAAGGGUGGAUCGACGCGCAAUCACUUGCAGCUUCAAAACCGGGCACUGGAAUGGUAAUUGCUGUUAAAAGACUCAAUCACGACGGUUAUCAAGGACAUAGGGAGUGGUUGGCAGAGGUGAAUUACUUAGGUCAGCUUUAUCAUCCUCAUCUUGUGAAAUUGAUUGGUUAUUGCUUGGAAGACGAACAUAGGAUGCUCAUUUACGAGUUCAUGCCACGCGGAAGCUUGGAAAAUCAUUUGUUUAGGAGAGGAUCCUACUUCCAACCACUUUCUUGGAACCUUCGAAUGAAGGUAGCCCUUGGUGCGGGUAAGGGUCUUGCGUUUCUUCAUAGUGCAGAAACAAUGGUGAUAUAUCGUGACUUCAAAACAUCCAACAUAUUAUUAGAUUCUAAUUACAAUGCAAAGCUGUCCGAUUUUGGACUGGCAAAGGAUGGGCCAACUGGCGACAAAAGCCAUGUCUCUACGAGAGUCAUGGGUACUCAUGGAUAUGCAGCCCCCGAAUACCUUGCCACUGGUCAUUUGACCACAAAGAGCGAUGUUUACAGUUUUGGAGUAGUGCUUCUAGAAAUGUUGUCAGGCAGACGAGCAGUGGACAAGAACAGGCCAUCAGGAGAACACAACCUGGUGGAAUGGGCAAAACCAAACCUUGGCAACAAACGAAGAGUAUACAGAGUGAUAGACAACCGAUUGGAAGGACAAUACCAACUGGAUAUAGCCCAGAGGGCGGCUAAUCUUGCACUUAGAUGCAUAUCCAUGGAGCCAAGGUUCAGGCCAAACAUGGAACAGGUUGUACGAGAACUAGAGCUGCUUUGUGAAUCGAAGAAUAUGGUAAGAAGCCCACAAAACCAAACGGGCAAUGUGACUAGACCUCGCAGGCACAGUGUAGAUGAAGUUAUGAAGAGAUCAAACAUGUCUUCUUCUUCUUCUUAUCCGAGGCCAUCUGCUUCUCAAUUCUAUAGGAAAGAGAGAGUUUAGAUUAACUGAAUUAUAUGGUGAAGAAGCCCUCCUCCCAGUAAGUUGUAUGGUAAAUUAGCGGCUGGUUGUACAGUUUUUUCUAUUACAUGCAAAUGUUGUUGUGAAAUACCAUUGUGUGUUUGUUUGUUUGCCACUAAUGUAAUGAAUUUAUUGGAGAAGAAUUUAUUGUUUUUAUUUAA